UCACAAAGUCACAAGUGGGCGGGCAUCCUUUUUGACCAAGGUCUAGGGGGAUAGAGCUCUAUCUUUGUCCCGGAUGAGCUCCAUCCGGGCCUAGCUACCUCCCCCAGACAGAGUUGGAGGCAAAUCCAUGCAUGCCCAAUUCCCACCGAAGCCGGCUCUCCUCCAAGCUUGCUUGGAUGAAAAAUUAGCUCCAGGUUCCCUUGGGAUCCGCCCUCCAGAGGGCAGCAGUGCACAUAGUUUGAAACAGAGCUGAAUGGACAGGUGUGCACCCUAGGGACGCAGCCACCAGGGGACAAGAAGCUGUCAGCCCCCAGAGAGUCCUGGCAGCAUGGACGAUGAUGAUGAUGAGCCUCUUGAGUCUGAGGCCAAAGAUGAGGCCGCGUUAGCGCCUCAGAGCAGCGAUGACACUCUCUACUGCGAAGCCGAGGCCCCCCCAAGCGUUGAGAAAGAGAAACCCACCCGGGAGGAUUCAGAAACCGACUUGGAAAUUGAAGACACAGAGAAAUUCUUCACCAUCGGACAGAAGGAGCUGUACCUGGAGGCCUGCAAACUAGUAGGCGUAGUGCCCGCCUCCUACUUCAUCCGGAACAUGGAGGAGCCCUACAUGAACCUCAACCAUCAUGGGCUGGGCCCCAAGGGCACCAAGGCCAUCGCCAUAACUCUGGUGUCCAACACGACGAUCCUCAAACUGGAGCUGGAAGACAACUCCAUCAUGGACGAGGGCAUCCUGAGUCUGAUGGAGAUGCUGCAGGAGAACUAUUACCUGCAGGAGCUGAACGUGUCCGACAACGACCUUGGUAUAGACGGAGCCAGGAUCAUCUCAGAUUUCCUCCAGGAAAACAACUCCUCUCUCUGGAAACUGAAACUUUCAGGAAACAACUUCAAGGAGGAAUCCGCUGCACUUUUAUGCCAAGCCCUGUCGUCCAAUUACCGAAUUCGGUCACUGAACCUCAGCCACAACCAAUUCUCUGACGUAGGAGGGGAGUACCUGGGACAGAUGCUAGCCCUCAAUGUAGGGCUCCAGUCGCUGAACCUGAGCUGGAAUCACUUCCACACUCGGGCAGCUUUGGCCCUCUGUAACGGUCUCCGGUCUAACGUGACCCUGAAGAAACUGGACGUCUCCAUGAACGGCUUCGGGAACGAAGGCGCUCAGGCCCUGUCCGACGUCCUCAGACUCAACAGCUGUCUGAUCUACAUCGACGUCAGCGGAAACGGCAUCACCAAUGAGGGAGCCUCCAGAAUCAGCAAGGGCCUGGAGGUCAAUGAAAGCCUCCAAGUGAUGAAGCUUUUCCUGAACCCGAUGAGCAUGGAGGGGGCAGUGCAUCUUAUCCUGUCCAUCAAGAGGAACACCAAAUCCAGGAUGGAAGAGCUUGACAUCUCUAACAUUCUGGUAACAGAGCAGUUUGUAAGAGUCCUGGAUGGGGUCUGUGCCCUUCACCCCCAGCUGGAUGUGGUGUACAAGGGAUUACAGGGUCUCUCCAGCAAGAGAACCACCUCUCUGUGGACCAAUCCCAUGAAACUGAUCCAGAACUACACAGACCAGCAGAAGAUCUCAAUUGUGGAGUUCUUCAAGAACUUGAAUCCGUCGCAGUCAAUGACAAUGCCUGUGGGGGAGUUCCGGAAAGCCAUGAUACAGCAAAACAAGGUCCCCAUCAACCGGUACCAGGUCAGGGAGCUCGUGAAGAAGCUGAACGAGAAGAACGGUAUGGUGGACUUCAGCUCACUGACGUAGCAAGACUUGAGGAAGAGCCUGGGACCCGUGCCCGAGGAACUCCAGCCCCCAUGACAACAUCCAGGCCUCCAAGACACCUAAGCUUUCAGUUUAUUUGUUCUCUCUGAAACUGUCUGCCCAUCAACCGCAGAUCAAAUCACCGCAGAUCAAAUCACCGCAGAUCAAAUCACCGCAGAUCUACUCCUUUGGCUUUUGCCCAGCACCAGCGCUGGCCUUUGCCGUGCCCCUGACCUUCUUCAUUCUGUUCUCGCGCUCCUUCCGCUGUUCCCGGGAGAUCUUCUUCUCAUAGAGGCUGUGUUUUGCCAGUCUGUGUCUGGGCUCCUUCUUCUUAGCAUAAUCUAGAGAAUCAUAGAUCAUGCCCAAGCCAGCUGUUUUGCCGCAAACAAAGUGGGUCCUGAAUGCGAACACAGAGAUGACAUCUGGUGUGGUUUUGUACAUUUUGGCUAGCUUCUCCCGAAUUUCAGUCUUUGGUACUGCUGCCUUCCCCGGGUGAAGGACGUCGAUCACCAUCUGUUUCCUCUGAAGCAGACGGUUAGUCAUGGACCUCCUGGUUGGGAUCGUUACUGUGUCAUUCAUGAUGGCUACGGGGCCCGAGCUGCACCGGAGGAAAAGAGGACUGCUCUCUGCCCUCAAACCAGUUUCUUAAAGGCCUGGAAGUCACAACAGCCAGUCCGGUCUGGACAGAAACUCCAGCGAGAGAAGUCCUGGCAUGUUGUGGUGGCUGUGAGGAAAUUCAACCAAAGGUCAGACGGACAGAUGCCGUGAGCAGAGCUAAGUGUGAGCAAAUAAAGUCUGGCUUGGUUCUGGGCA